AAGAUGCCCAUCCUGGAAAAAGCCCCCCAUAAGAUGGCAGCAAAAUCUCCCAGCAGUGAGGAAGAAACUGGGCUGCCCAAACUCCCAGUGCCCCCACUGCAGCAGACCUUGGCCACUUACCUACGGUGCAUGCAGCACCUGGUGCCCAAAGAGCAGUUCAAGAGGAGCCAGGCCAUAGUGCAGCGGUUUGGGGCACCUGGUGGCCUUGGGGAGACCCUGCAGCAGAAGCUGCUGGAGCAGCAGGAGAAGACAGCAAACUGGGUGUCUGAGUACUGGCUGAAUGAUAUGUAUCUUAACAACCGCUUGGCCCUGCCUGUCAACUCCAGCCCAGCUGUGAUCUUUGCCCGGCAACACUUCCAGGACACCAAUGAUCAGCUAAGGUUUGCUGCCAAUCUCAUCUCUGGUAUACUCAACUACAAGGCGCUGCUGGACAGCCAUUCCAUCCCCACUGACUGUGCCAAAGGCCAGCUGUCAGGGCAGCAGCUCUGUAUGAAGCAAUACUAUGGGCUCUUCUCCUCCUACCGGCUCCCUGGCCACACACAGGACACAUUGGUGGCCCAGAAGAGCAGUGUCAUGCCCGAGCCGGAGCACAUCAUUGUGGCCUGCUGCAACCAGUUCUUUGUCUUGGAUGUUGUCAUUAAUUUCCGCCGUCUCAGUGAGGGGGAUCUGUUCACUCAGUUGAGAAAGAUAGUCAAAAUGGCUUCCAACGAGGAUGAACGUUUGCCUCCAAUCGGCCUGCUGACAUCAGACGGGAGGAGCGAGUGGGCUGAGGCCAGGACGGUCCUCGUGAAAGACUCUACCAACCGGGACUCACUGGACAUGAUUGAGCGCUGCAUCUGCCUAGUUUGCCUGGAUGCCCCAGGGGGCUUGGAGCUCAGUGACACCAACAGGGCGCUCCAGCUCCUUCAUGGUGGAGGCUGCAGCAAGAAUGGGGCAAACCGCUGGUAUGACAAGUCACUGCAGUUUGUGGUGGGCCGGGAUGGCACCUGCGGCGUGGUGUGUGAACACUCUCCAUUUGACGGCAUCGUCCUGGUGCAGUGCACGGAGCACUUGCUCAAGCAUAUGAUGAGGAGCAGCAAGAAGCUGGUCCGAGCUGACUCCGUCAGCGAGCUGCCGGCCCCCAGGAGACUGAGGUGGAAAUGCUCCCCAGAAAUUCAAGGCCUUUUAGCCUCCUCUGCAGAAAAACUUCAGCGAAUAGUAAAGAAUCUGGACUUCACUGUUUAUAACUUUGACAACUAUGGAAAAACAUUCAUUAAGAAGCAGAAAUUCAGCCCUGAUGCUUUUAUUCAGGUGGCCCUCCAACUGGCCUUCUACAGGCUCCACAGGAGACUCGUGCCCACCUACGAGAGUGCGUCCAUUCGCCGAUUCCAAGAGGGACGGGUGGACAAUAUUCGAUCGGCCACUCCAGAGGCACUGAAUUUUGUGAAAGCCAUCACUGACCACAAGGCUGACAUGCCGGACUUGGAGAAGCUGCUGCUCCUGAAGGAUGCCAUCCAAGCCCAAACUGAGUACACAGUCAUGGCCAUAACAGGGAUGGCUAUUGACAACCACCUGCUAGGGCUGCGGGAGCUGGCCCGGAACAUGUGCAAGGAGCUGCCUGAAAUGUUCACGGAUGAAACAUACUUGAUGAGCAAUCGAUUUGUCCUCUCCACCAGCCAGGUACCCACAACCAUGGAGAUGUUUUGCUGUUAUGGACCUGUGGUGCCCGAUGGGUACGGCGCCUGCUACAACCCCCAGCCUGAAAGCAUCCUCUUCUGCAUCUCCAGCUUCCAUGGCUGCAAGGAGACCUCUUCUACCAAGUUUGCGAAAGCUGUGGAAGAAAGCCUCACUGAAAUGAGAGACCUCUGCAGUCUGCCACAGUCUCCCAUGGGCGAGCCACUGUCAAAAGGAAAAGCCCCAGCCAGGGCCAUCAACCUUGACUCCUGCCACUAG